AUGUCGUCAUGGAACGACGCUUGGGAUCGUGGCAAACAAAUGGUCGGGGAGCCACUGGCCAAAAUGACUGCAGCUGCAUCGUCGGUCACGUCCGCUGCAACGGCGACAUCUGCAGCACCUCAACAAAUGCAAGAAGAAUCAAAUGAGAAUCCGAUGCGAAUGCACUCGAACAAAGUUCUCCAAUUCGUCGAACAAACUUGGAUUGGAAAAUGUCGAAAACGCUGGCUUCUUGCUAUUCUUGCCAAUAUGGGAUUCAUGAUUUCCUUCGGUAUUAGAUGCAACUUUGGAGCCGCCAAAACGCAUAUGUACAAGAAUUAUACGGAUCCAUGGGGCAAGGUUCAUGUGAGUGAAUUCAACAAAAUUCAGAUGCACGAAUUUAACUGGACAAUAGAGGAGCUUAGUGUAAUGGAGAGUUCGUAUUUCUAUGGUUACUUGGUCACUCAGAUUCCCGCUGGAUUUCUUGCUGCCAAAUUUCCACCCAAUAAAUUAUUCGGAUUUGGAAUCGGUGUUGGUGCAUUUCUAAACAUUCUUCUUCCGUAUGGUUUCAAAGUGAAAAGUGAUUAUCUUGUGGCGUUCAUUCAAAUUGCUCAAGGAUUGGUUCAGGUGAGACGCUAA